CUGUCUCUCUGAGUGGAAAAAAAUACUAAGAGAGGUUGUGAGAGGGGGAUCGUGACAAGAGCCAAGUAGAGUGGAGCUUCCAGGUGCUUUGCCCCUAGUUAAAAGCCCAGUACGAGUGCAUAGCAAGAGUGUUCAGAGCCUAGCCAAGCCAAGCACCCUGCCUCACGCUUCCUCUCUCCUGCACUUUCCUCCGCUCGCUCUCUCUUUCCCUCCUCCUUUGCACCCGUGAGUGAGAGCGCACAGUCAUUCAGAAGGUGUGUCUGAAAUCUAGUCAACUGGGAGACAGCUUUGCAAGGACAUUUUUCCUCCUCGCAUGGACUUAAAUUUUCUCCAGAGACAGAAAGAAGAACAGAAAGAAGUCCAUAGAGAUUUCUUAAUUUUUUUUCCUCCUGAUUUUUGAUAUAUUUGAAAAAUCAAUAUCUCACAGAAUCAAAGUUCUGAGAUAUUAAUCCACAAAUUUCUUUCAUCGCAUCUGCUGCAUUUCUAAAGAUCAUGAGCAGACAAUAACAUACCUGCAGAAAGUACCUGCCUGAGAUCCUGAGAUAUCCCUGAACUUCUUCCUCAAGCAGGAGAGCAAGGUUGAAGAUUGUUAGCCAAGAAGACAGACAACAUGACACUGCUAUCCAUAUGUGUGCUGCUGCUGAUGAUGGGGGCGAAUGCUCUGGGUGGUGGUUAUGCCCCGAUGCCCCAGAUGAAGUACAUGCAGCCUAUGAUGAAGGGUCCAGUUGGUCCUCCUUUUAGAGAGGGAAAGGGUCAGUAUUUCGAAUAUCCACCUGCAAUGGACGUGAAAGGUGAGCCUGGUCCACAAGGGAAGCCAGGACCUAGGGGACCACCUGGGCCCCCAGGAUUACCUGGGAAACCUGGAAUAGGAAAACCAGGUCUCAAUGGUCAACCAGGACCCCAGGGACCAGCAGGGUUGCCAGGAAUUGGAAAACCAGGACUACCUGGUCUGGCAGGAAAAAUUGGGCCCAAAGGACCACCAGGAAAUGAUGGUGAAAGGGGACUGCAAGGUGAGCCUGGGCCACGUGGAUUAGCAGGGCAACCAGGAUCACCCGGUCCUGCAGGUCUCUCAUUAAAUGGCAAACCUGGACUUCCUGGAGUUCGUGGCCAACCAGGACUUAAGGGUGAACCAGGACAAAAAGGUGGACCUGGUUUGCCUGGUGACAAAGGAAUCAAGGGGGAAAAUGGCAAUGGCAAUCCAGGUCCACCAGGUCUCAGGGGACCUUCUGGCCUUCCGGGACCUCCUGGACCUCCUGGUAUUCCAGGUGUGGGAAAGCCUGGACUGAAUGGCUCACCUGGGCUUUUUGGACAGAAAGGAGAUCAGGGCCUUCCAGGUGACCAGGGUCCUCCAGGGAAACAUGGAGCUCCAGGACCACAAGGGCCACCUGGUUUAAAUGGCGUAGGAAAACCUGGGUUGGAUGGUGUGCCUGGUAGACCAGGUCAAAAUGGACCAAAAGGUGAACCAGGUCUAAGGGGUCCAAAUGGGUUUCCUGGGGCUCCUGGUUAUGGUAAACCAGGUCUUGCAGGACAGAAAGGAGACAGAGGCCCUUCUGGAUUACCCGGAGCUCAAGGUGAUAAAGGAGAACAUGGGAUAGCAGGUCUACCGGGGGAGAUGGGGCCAUCUGGGUCGCAAGGACCUCCAGGUUUACCAGGAUCAAUGGGUCUUCCAGGAAAGCAUGGUUUGCCUGGCCUGAAGGGAGAGAAUGGUCCCCAAGGGCCUCCUGGCUUACCUGGACUCAGAGGGGAUCAGGGUCCUAGUGGGUUGGCAGGUAAGCCUGGUCUCCCCGGUGAUAAAGGGUUUCCUGGUCCAAGUGGAGCAAUUGGAAAACCAGGUCCCAAAGGUGAUGCUGGUCACAUUGGUUUGCCUGGUAAUCCUGGAUUGUCUGGAAUUCAAGGCCCAAAAGGAGAAAAUGGCAUUUUUGGGGCCCCAGGGCCACGUGGUCUAGCUGGUAUUCCAGGGUUACCAGGGCCCACAGGCCAUAUGGGACCACAGGGCAUUCCAGGAUUGAAAGGUGAGCAAGGACCACCAGGACCCCCAGGAAAUGGAAAGAACGGCGAUCAAGGAACACCGGGGCCACAGGGACCACCAGGAAAACCAGGCCCUUCUGGAAUUAAUGGUCCCCGAGGUCUUCCAGGGCCACCUGGCCUACCUGGCCCACCUGGUCCUUCUAAUGGAGAUGGCAAAGUUGCAGUGUCAGGACCUGAUGUUGGUGGUGAAUCAAUACCAGGUCAAAAUGGAAAGCCGCAAUAUAGGCUUGAGCUCUCUGCUACUGCAGCUCCUGCUUUCACUGCUAUUCUCACAACUCCCUUCCCACCAUCUGGUAUGCCUAUCAAAUUUGACAGGACUCUCUACAAUGGACAGAAUGCUUAUAAUCCCACCACUGGCAUCUUCACUAGCCCAAUACCUGGAGUUUACUACUUUUCUUACCAUGUUCAUGUAAAGGGAACCAGCCUGUGGGUGGCACUAUACAGAAACAAUGUGCCUGCUACAUACACAUAUGAUGAAUACAAGAAGGGCUAUAUGGACCAGGCAUCAGGCAGUGCAGUGCUGGAGCUCAAAGAAAAUGACCAGGUUUGGGUGCAGAUGCCAUCUGACCAAGCAAAUGGGCUCUACUCCACUGAGUACAUUCAUUCAUCCUUCUCAGGCUUCCUACUGUGCCCCACAUAACAGGCUUGUACAUCUUAUACAUCAUGUAUUAUCUUGUGGUCUGCAGUCACACAAGAAACACCUGUAUCAACAAACACAGGAAAGACUGAACAACAUAAAAGAUAAAAGUAGGACAUGGAAACUUUAUGCUGUAUCUGUUUUAGUGCUUUAAAACAGUCUGAUUUGAUUAUGAUUUUUCUUCACGUGUGUUUGGUAUCUUCUGCCUGUAGUAUGUUAUUAUAACUGUUGUAUCAAUGUUGUUGCUGAUAUUGUUUUAUUCAUGUAUUUGAUGUUAUUGUUUAUUGAAAUCAGACAAUGCGUAAGUAACAGUUUUACCCAUGUGACUGCACACUCUGCCGAAAUGACUAAUUGAACUCCAUCUCUUUGACUCUGGGGAGUGUGUUCCCCUGACUGCAGUCACAUUUAUUUUUAACUUGUUUUUACUUUUUUUUUCCCUUUAAAUGACAGGCUUGUGAGUCAGUGCCUUUCUUCACAAAAAAUAUUGUCAAAAUAAAAACAGAAACAUCACUUUAUCUGUACUAGCCUUGUCAUUGUAAUUGACAUUUUUUUAGAUUUUUAAUCUGCCGACAGUCACAAAGAACAUGAUUCAAGAAAACAAGUUUCUACUCUUUGUGGUUUGAUAGUAUCUAUGUGGAGUUUGUUGUUUUUAUCCUUGAAGUGGAAGGCUUUACUUGACAAUUCAAAAUGUUUACUUUGAAUGCAGACUGAGCUUCUGAUGUGUAACAGUACUAAUGACUUCAUGAGUAUUAUUUCUCCCUAUAAUGCGAGCACAUAUUUUAUGAUAUCAUUUCAGCAAAUAAUCAAGUGUCAAUUGCUUGCCCAUUGCUCGUUAUCAACUUUGUUGGUAUUCUGAUAUUAAAGACAGUGCUUGGUCAAAAACAUAGCAUGGUUUUGGCAAUUAUUCAAUCGAUCACUUAUGUCUCCAGUAUCAAAUGCUAUGUGCUUGAUAUGUAUAGUGAUUUAAAGGUGAUAUAUUUUCCAAGUCUGAUAACUAUGAUAGCAAUCUACACAAAAAUUUAAAUCAGUUCAUGGAUUUUGUAGACAGAUAUUAAAUGAACAGAUUUAAUGAAUUCACUGGGUUUAUUAUAUGAUAUAUAUUAACUAUUUAUGUACUUAUGUACUAGUAUACGAGGAACCAGACAUUGGUGGUUUACUGGGUGGUAUUAAGUAAAUUAUCAUUCUGACAGACAUAGAUGCUGUUUAGCCACAUAAAUUUGUAUUUACUAAAUUAAAUAUAAUGUGUGAAUAAACUGUUGCUAUAAUAUUGCAUAGAUUAUCCAGACUACUGUAAAAAGAAAAAAAUUACAAUAAACUUGUAUUACCAUUGAAAUUUUACAGCAAGGUGUAAGUAUACUCCAGGUGUAAUACAGAAAAAUACCAUACAUCAAUAAAACAUUAAGAAGGUUUUAUCCAGCAGUCAUUGCAUGGCUUUAAAACACGGUAAUGAUGCAGGUUACAUAGGAAUUAUACAUUCAUUAUUAUUGUAUACAUACAACUUAACAAAGGAUAAUGAAAUACUUAAGACUUGCACAGUGCUUCAGCUGUGGUGCAAAGACAGCUAAUGAUUUUAAUGAUGCUGUCAAAAAUACAUUCGCAUUUUCAAUUACAGUAAUUGUGUCUCUUUUUUUAUUCAGAGGAGAAUUUAAGCAAAUACACAUUUCCAAAAUAUAGAUUUCUAGAAAAGGCAUCAUUUCAUAACAUGCAUUUGUAGCUUAUUAGUAUCACAUGUACAAAUCAAGUUUAUGCAUUUUUUCACAUAUUUAUAUAUAGCAGAGUUCCUGACAAAUUCAGAGCAAUAAUAAGUAAAUGAAAGAAAUAUUUUGUAAUAAAUAAAAAUAUAAAUAAAAAUAAUAAUUAAAAAAAACCAAAUAAUAUGAGCACAAUCAAUACAAUUUAUCAGGCAACUACAUAUUCUACUAAUUAUAUACCAGUGUGAUCUUCCAGCAUUUUCCUUAGUGGCUCAGUGACAAGUACUUACUGUACUCCCAUGAUUAUAAUGCUUUUCUUGUGGAAAACUUAAUAACUACAAUUAACAUGGCUGUUUUUUGACUAUUUCAUUUCAUUUCAUUUUUUAAACAUAUAUGUGAAGGGUUUUUUUUUUCAGUGCUGUCAUACCUGCUUCUUUCUGUCAGUUCAGGUUGCAGCUUUUCUUUCAAUUUCUUGACUGACACUGAGUCCUUUUAUUGUUCUUCAAAACGUUUUUUUUUCUUAUUUUAUACAAAUGUUUGGUCCCAUUUGCACAUGAACUUUAUAAAGGUAUUUUUUUAUCAUGUGAUAAGUCAAAAAGAAUGCCUUCCGAACACCCACAUGAAUAAAACAUUAAUAAUGAUUUGUAUGUGUACAUUAAUUAUUAUUAUUAUUAUUGUUAUUAUCAUUAUUAUUAAUAUUAUUAUUAUUAUUAAUCUAUUUAAACAACAUUAAUGCGUUACAUUUUAGUUAGCAUACUAUUGUUGCUUAAGGAAUAUUUUUCACCAUUAUUUCUUUUACUUUCUUUUUUUAUGUACUAUGUAUCAGACUAUAGGACUUUGUGUUGUAUACAUGGCUAUUGCAUUUAUGCGGUGCAAUAGAUGUUAGCUAUUGAAUGCACUCCUUUGAUAGAAGGUUUUGUCAGUUUAUACAUCUGCAAUACUUGAUAGUAUUGAUGCAACAUCAAUAAAGAUUCUCUUGUAUAAUUUUUAA